AUGAAGCUGAACAGCAAAGAUCAGAAAUUGGAGGCUUAUAAACGACCCCUUGCAGGGACUUUCCCCAACCAAGUGCCCGAUUUAAAAAAUGUUCCUGACACACCAAAAGAAGCCAGGGUGAAAACAUUUAGGAAAAAUAUGAAGACAGAGAUAGAGGAGGGACAAGUGCCUUGUCCUCAGGUGACAGUUCCCCUUGAAGUGGUCCCUGAAGCCAAGGAGCAGGUACCUGCCCUUACUGAACCUUCUGUCCUCUUUGAAGAAGUCAGCACCACUGUUGUGACAACUGCCUCUGAGGCAGUGUUGGCGUCUAGGGCCAGAACUGCAGACAAUGCUAAGAAGAACAAGGCCCUGCAGUCCAUGGCAACACCAGAACCAGAGACCUAUGGGGAAUGGUGGUGUGUGGUCCACGGGGGAAGCCUUCCUGCAGACUCAAGUGGCUGGGUUCAGCUGCAGUUCCAUGCUGGACGAGCCUGGGUACCUGAGAAGAAAGGGAAAGUGUUCUCUUCCUGCUGCCAGCUUGCACCUUUUCACACACACCUGGAGGACACCGUACUGUGCCCCAAGUGUGUUCACAGGAACAAGGGCUUGGAUAAGAGCCUCCAAGUGUAA